CGUUCUUCGUGCGAGUGGUGAUUCCUUUUGGUCUUGAAGGCUUGUUGAAAACCCAAAGCGCCAAGGGCUUUCUAUCCCUCCAUGGCUUCUCACAAAGCACUUCUUGCUGCCUUUUGCGUGGCAGCGGCGAUAAGCUUAUGUCAAUAUGCAGCAGCUGAUAAAAUGACGUGGGCACCUUGCGAUGAGGGACAAACGGCCUUUACGCCUAGCUCCGUGACCCUGUCCCCGGAUCCCCCGGUCAUCGGCUCCGCAGCAACAUUUGUCAUUUCAGGAAAUAUUGAGUCCGAGUUACAAGGGGGCUCUGUAGACAUGGUGGUUUCUUUCUUCGGAUUCCCUAUUUACAGCUCAACUUCAGACCUUUGCUCCAAGACGACGUGCCCAGUGCCUGCUGGUCCCAUCUCAUUGACGCUCGAGGAGCUGCUGCCGCCUAUCGCCCCUCCGGGCGAUUACGGUCUGCAAGUGGUGGCCCGGGGCCCCGGCGGCGACGAGCUCGCCUGCGUCAACGUCAACUUCAGCUUGGUGCUGCCUCCCUUCACCGCUGCCUCUACCACCGCCAUCUCUACCACCGCCUCCCUCGUCGCCGCCACCUCCUCCGCCGCCUCAAGGGCGUCUUUAGCAAAGGAAGCAGCUGCUGCCUGGGCUCUCCGUGGUGCCUCCAGACAUCAUGUUUCCUCAGGCCUCAAGGUGAAGGCGUUGAUUGGGGAUGCCAUCGCGCGGGAGGAGGAGGUGAAGGUGAAGGUGACGGCAACGACAAGCACAAAUGGUGGCGGCGAUGGCGAGGAAUAUGAGCGGCCGAUCCUGCGCUGAGCAGCAGAGCGCGAUGUACGGCAGCAACAGCAGCACCGGUGGCUCCGGGAUUGGGACCGCGGAGGACGCUGAAAACAUGUGCCCUCCGCCUUCCACUUUCACUUCCAUGGGCGUACUCCUGCUGCUGCUGCUGUGAUGUGAUGUGAUGUGCUUAUGAGUGCGUGGGAGAGAAGCGGCCUGGAGCCCGGCACCGCAAUGGCGCAAGAAAUCCAAGGAGUGAACUUGCAAGUGAAAAGAAAAGUAAUAUCACGUUGUUGCAUGUGACGUGUGUGUAUGUUUGUGUAUCUGUGUGUGUGUGUGUGUGCAUGCGCAUGCCGGAGAUGUAGGGAGAGAGGAAGGGGGAGAAAGUGUCAGGUCAGGUAGCCUCGGACACACACACAAACAACGCACAGUAGAAAGAGAUAGCAGGAUGUUCACGUUCUCGGACAGCAGCGUAAUCAUAUCGAACUGUGUACAGUAGCAUGGACGGCGUGUAAGACGGUCCAUGUCACGUGUGCUGCAUCGCGUCGCUCUAUGUGGCGUCAGGCCCAAAGGAAUGACUGCAGGGAUGGGGGACGUGGAGACGCUGCACGGACGUGUGUAUGUAUGUACGUAUAUCUGUAUGUAUGCAUAUGUACGUCUAUUGUUGCCCUCGCAGGUCGUUACGGAUACGAGUGUAAUUGCCUCAUGUUGGGUGGCAUACCCGCUGCACGGCGGCGGCGAUCCUGAGGUUUUUAUCUCUGGUAAUCAACUGUUUUGCCUAAGGUGUUAGGUCAUAUGAUAUUAAAGCAGCACCAGG